UCGGACACGGUUUCAAUCGCCCAGAUGGGAUACGAGGACUCGGCAAAAGAACCAGGAACCCCAUUUCUCAAAUGAGAGGGCGUGCUCGAGCUUGUCCACGCUAAGGUAUGUCAGGCUGUUCAGAAGUAUGUCUUGGUCUGUCGUUGAUGGAGACACAUCUGGAACAGAACUCGCCGGUCAAUGUUUCAACGCAAGUGAAGCAGAGCUUUGUCAAGCUUUGUUUCACGGUUCCCGAUAUUGCUGCGACGGUCAAGCGUUUGAAAAGCCAGGGUGCCAAGUUCUUGCUCGAGCUAGAGGACAGGGACACCGAGGGUGUCUGCUGCAAGUUCUUAGGAUGCGAUCAUCCCGAUAAUGGAAAAGACAGGAUGUUAUGGGACGCGGCUGAAGGCGUCGCGUUUGUGGAAGAUCCCAACGGGUAUCUGGUUGAAAUAGUUGCGAUGGACCCGACGGUGGUGGUUGUCAAGUAAGAUGAUUCGUAAUGCACCUGAUGCCUGUUAUCAUGCAUAUCUGCCGAAGCAAUCUAUUCCUUCCAACAUUCACGUCUUCAGCCGAAGCCCGAGUCCCAGAACUUGGCUUCUGUACUUCUGUCGAGGUCG